AUGCACUCCGAGCAAGCCAUCUUCAUGUCCAUUGGUGAAAAAAAAUCUCACAGAAAAAGAUUUUAUGUUGUGAAAGAAUUUGCUGCAUUUAUGUUGUUGAUUCAUAAAAGCAAAAUUAGCAAACGUGAGCUAUGUGCAAGUUCCUAUGGGAUCAAAUUAUUGCCAGAUGGCCAAUUUGUAUUUGCGGUAGUCAGUAUUGUAAGUAAAUAUGUUGGAGAAGAAGGGGGAAAGGAAGAUAAAGAAAACUUAAUCCAGGGAACUAAGAUGACAAAAUGCUAUUACGUUUGGAUGUUUCAUUGCAAAAUAUGCUAUGCGGCGACGAAAACUGAAGUUAAUCAUAAGAAGGAUUUAAGGGGGGAUAAAGAAAUGAUGAGUUUGUCUUUGAAAUUCGUUCACUAA